CUCCCAGAGGCAGGGAGAAAGGGCAGCUCCUCUCCGAGAAGAAACUUGUCCUAUCUCGGCGUGUCCUAGCGCAGAAUGUUUACAAAACCCUCAUUAAGGGAAAGGGGAUUGCGAGAUAGCAACAAAUCUGGUGGACAGCUUACACGGCCCGAGAUAAGAGAGGCAGGGCGACCACAGAGAGAGCAAGCCAUAUCCAAUUACCGAGACCUGCUUUUGGGGAGGGGGAAGGGGGAGACAGGCAGGACGGAUCACAAGCUUCAAGACAAGAGCUUCCAAACUUGUCAUCCCGUCGUGACACGAGCACAGGGGAUAAAACCGCCACUUAGCCCGCACGAGAGCUAGAGCUUGUUGAGUGCGGUUGGAGGCUCCAGAGAAGCCAUGGAUUCUCUAGUCCCCCGGCUGUGGGCUGCCCUCUGUCUCUUGGUUCACCUUGCCUCUUGCAGUCCCAUCCUGAGCUUGGAGCACUCUUCCUUGGAGGAAGACGUGCCCCUUUUCGACGAGAUCCUCUCCGAGCAGGAUGGCGUUGAUUUCAACACGCUGCUUCAGAACAUGAAGAACGAGUUCCUGAAGACCUUGAACCUCUCUGACAUUCCCCUGCACGAAUCGGCCAAGGUGGAUCCUCCAGAGUACAUGCUCGAGCUGUACAACAGGUUUGCCACUGACAGGACGUCCAUGCCCUCCGCCAACAUCAUUAGGAGCUUCAAAAACGAAGACUUGGCUUCCCACCCUAUUGGUGUCACAGGAAUUCGGAAGUACCCUCUUCUAUUCAAUGUUUCCAUCCCUCACCAUGAAGAGAUCACCAUGGCGGAGCUGCGGCUCUACACCUUGGUGGAACGGGACCAGAUGCUCUAUGAUGGGCUCGACCGGAAAGUCACCAUUUUUGAAGUGCUGGAAAAUGACCACCUGGGGGUAGGAGAAGAGAGGAAGAUAAUGGCACUGGCAUCCAGGCACAUCUAUGGCACGAGCAGUGAGUGGGAGAGCUUCGAGGUGACCGAAGCCAUCAGGCGCUGGCGAAGGGCAGGGUUGACCACGCACCGGCUGGAGGUUCAUAUAGAGAGCAGGGAAGGGGAGGAGCAGAACGGAGAAGGGAAGCUCGAUAUCGACAUCAACUCCGAGGCAAAGCACGUGCCCCUGUUGAUUGUGUUCUCUGAUGACCAAAGCAAUGACAAGAAAGAGGAGAAGCAAGAGCUGAACGAGAUGAUAGACCACGAGCAGCUCCUGGACUUGGAGAACCUGGAGGCUGGCAACUUCCAUGGCCAGCCUGGGGAGGAAGCGCUGCUCCAGAUGCGCUCCAACAUCAUUUACGACUCCACUGCCCGAAUCCGGAGGAACGCAAAAGGCAACUACUGCAAAAAGACCCCGCUCUACAUCGAUUUCAAGGAAAUAGGUUGGGAUUCCUGGAUCAUCGCCCCGGCGGGCUACGAAGCUUACGAGUGCCAUGGAGUGUGCGCCUACCCCUUAACAGAGCACGUCACGCCAACGAAACACGCCAUUGUCCAGACUUUGGUUCACCUGAAGAAUCCCCAGAAAGCCUCCAAGGCCUGCUGUGUGCCCACCAAACUCGAUCCCAUCUCUAUCCUCUAUUUAGAUGCAGGGGUGGUCACCUACAAGUUCAAAUACGAAGGCAUGGUGGUAUCAGAGUGUGGCUGCAGAUAGUAGAGGGGAGCUCGAGCAGAGGGGAGUGCACAGUGGGGAGUAUUUAAUGAUUCAGUCUGUAAAUUUGUACAUUUUGGAUUUCCUAUUUAAUAAGGUUAUUUAAUGAGGCAUGUACAGAUAAUUGUGUGUUUCCUGGUAGGGGAAUGGGCAAGUUGUGACCGUAGGGAAUGUAUAUUUUGUUCCAUUGCUUCUUGCUGUUCUUCACUGUCCAUGUUAUGGCUGCAUCUCACUUCCUGGCAGGGCAUAGAGCAGAUCACUGGGUUGUCUGGGAGGUUCCUUGUGCCAAAGGGGCACAUGCAAGUUCACAGAAAUAAAAACGUAUUUUUGUACUUAAUAAA